ACAUUGUCCUGUUGGAAUAGUGCACCAGAGUGUACAUUCAGAAUAGAUUGGGCCAUUGGUUGCAGGACUUAAUUAACGUAACAUUGGGCUGUCAAAGUGCCUGUAAUGAAGACCAAAUGUGAUCUAGACCUUCAAGAUGUGUUCAUCUUUGUGCUUCUUCUACACUUCAUCACUGAAGAUAAUUCUGUCUGGCACAAAACCAUUGCAAUGGCUGGUGACAUUGAUGUGUUGAUGUGGCAGAUGGGCAGAUGGCAUUAUGAUCUAGGUGCAUGCAGUCCUAAAUUGUGCAGCCGUCUGCCAAUGGUGUUGACACUAACAGGAGGACUAAUGUAGGGCACCACUGCUCACUGAAAGAGUGUCCCCAAUGCAGUGGAGAUGUGUUCUCUGGAAUGAUGGUGCUCCAUCCAAUGCUUUUGGGACAUAUUGGGAAUGAGUUGGGGGUGAUCGUUCAAUAUGCUCAUCUUACUAAUGCUUUUGACAUGGAAUGCAAUCAGAUCUUUUCAGCAAUUCUUCAAAAUCUAGUAAAAAGGGCUUCUCUGGACAGUAGAGACAGUUUUUUCCAACUAAGACAGAAUAAAGUCUUUUUUAAUGCUUUCUAUUUUGGACGAAACAAUGAAUGAGCUGUUGUGUCCCAAUACUUUUGCCCAUAUAUAUUGUAUAGCUCUCUCUCUCUCUCGCGCGCGCUCUCUCCCUCUCUCUCUCUCCAUGUGCCGAGGGCUCUAUUUAUAGAGGUGCGUCCCCCCACUUGCCGACCCACACUAACAUUCCUCUGCUGUCUUUGAAGAGAGCCAGCAGAAUCGUCCUGCAGUCUGUCUCUCUCUCUCUCUCUCUCUCUCUCUCUUGCUCUCUUUCUGUACAAAACACUCUCUUUCUUCCAUCCUUCCUUAUUUCCUUCCCUUGACAUUACCAUCUCCUUCCCUCUUUCUCUAUUGCUCUCUCUCUCUCUCUUUCUUUCACCUGACCUCUCCUGUCAUUAUUUCUCUCUCUCCUUCUCUUUCUGUACCACACUCUCUUUUUCUUCAUCCAUCCUUCCUUCUUUCUUUCCUUCCCUUGGCAUUACAGUCCUGUUCCCUUCCCUCUCUCCCUCCCUCUCUCUCUCUCUCUCUCUCUGUCCUUCCAUUCACACACAGCACACACCCCCUUUUUUUUCUUUCCUCUUCCCGAGCUCCCACCCCCCUUCCCUUCACACUCACUCCUCGAGAGCUGUGGGCCAGUUCUCAGUGAGCGAGGGAGCGAGCGAGGGAGCAGGACAGACAGAGAGAGAGAGAGAGAGAAAGAGAGAGGGAGAGAGAGAGGCGAUGGAUUGCUGGAGUUACUGGGCUGCUGUUCCAGGCCGCCGGGGUGGAGCAGGGCUGGGCGGCCGCAGGCUGGGCUGAUGGUGGGUCAGUGUGUGCAGUCUCUGUGAGUGUCGUUCUCCAGGCAGAUAUGUGGUGUUUGCAGUGCAACUCGGAGAAGACCCAGUCUCUACUGGAGCUGGAGCUGGAUGGCUGUGUGGAGGGGGAGGUACAGAGCAGUGAACCGGCUCCUCUGGACCGAGGGUCCGGCUACGGCCCCCUGACCCACAGUUCCUCCAUCAGCCCCGACACCUUCGACGGCUCGGGGUACGGCCAGUCCUCCCAGCCUGGCCCCCAGCGCCCGCGGAGACCCAAACUCCAGCACUCGCAGUCCAUCCUCCGCAAACAGGCCGAGGAGGAGGCCAUCAAACGCUCGCGCUCGCUCUCCGAGAGCUAUGAGCUCUCCACUGACCUGCAGGAUAAACAGGUGGCGAUGCUAGAGAGGAAAUACGGUGGCCGUUUCAUCAGCCGCCAUGCCGCUCGCACCAUCCAGACGGCUUUCCGCCAGUACCAGAUGAACAAGAACUUCGAGCGCCUCAGGAGUUCCAUGUCUGAGAACCGCAUGUCGCGGCGGAUCGUUCUCUCCAACAUGAGGAUGCAGUUUUCCUUCGAGGGACCUGAGAAAGUCCACAGCUCCUUUUUUGAGGGCAAGCAGAUGUCCCUGUCUGACGAGGGCAGUCAGAUGGGAGCUGUGGUGCAGACUGAGGGUGGGGACGUGGUGCCUGUGCACAUGGCGGCACCCGCGGCUCAGAACGACCUCAGCGAUGCUAUCACGGAGCUAGAGGACGCGUUUUCUCGGCAGGUUAAAUCGUUGGCGGAAUCUAUAGACGAUGCUCUGAACUGUCGGAGCUUGCACGAAGAGGAGGAGCCGCCGGAGCAGGUGCAGGACUUGCAAGGCAAGCUGCCGUACCAGGUGAAACCUGCUCACGGCGGCGAUAGACGUAAGCUUGAUAACAUGAUGGCGUCGUACAGCGACGUGACUCUCUUCAUCGACGAGGAGGAUCUUUCGCCUCCCAUCAAGCUAACGCACCGCUCGGCAGAUCCGGCGUCCAGCACCGAGUCCGAGCAGCGCGCCCAGUCCGUCAAUUCCUCGCAGGACUACUGGUCCAUGGACAACAAGGAGGACAAAGUGGACACGGACACUAGCUGCCGGAGCACCCCUUCGUUAGAGUGUCAGGAGCCGAGGCUUCGCAUGGACCACCUACCGCUGCUAACCAUUGAGCCGCCCAGCGACAGCUCGGCGGAGAUGAGCGACCGCUCCGAAAUCGAUUCUGUAAAGAGACAAAGCGUCUACGAGCAGCGAACCGUCGCCGGUCCGCAGGCCAGCCCCAAACACAUAGCGCACGGUCUACCUCCAAGAGGGCCCUCGCUUCCCCGGGAUGAGGAGCCAAUCAGGCACCGGCACCGCCAGCUGGAGAGCCACCUGGCCAUCAACGGGAACCGACAGAGCAAGUCGGAAUCGGACUUUUCAGACGGGGAUAACGACAGCAUCAACAGCACUUCAAACUCCACCGACACCAUCAACUGCAGCUCGGAGUCCUCGUCCAGGGACAGCGUCAGGGAGCAGACGCUCAGCAAGCAGACCUACCACAAAGAGACUCGCAACAGCUGGGACUCGCCGGCUUUCAGCAACGACAUCAUCCGAAAACGCUACUACCGCAUAGGCCUCAACCUCUUCAACAAGAAGCCAGAGAAAGGUAUCCAGUACCUGACCGAGAGAGGAUUCGUUCCGGACACACCUGUGGGCGUGGCUCACUUCCUGCUUCAGAGGAAGGGGCUGAGCCGGCAGAUGAUUGGCGAGUUCCUGGGGAACCGGCAGAAACAGUUCAACAGGGACGUCUUAGACUGUGUGGUGGACGAGAUGGACUUCUCAGGUAUGGAACUGGACGAAGCUCUCAGGAAAUUCCAGGCACACAUCAGAGUCCAAGGAGAAGCCCAGAAGGUUGAACGAUUAAUCGAGGCUUUCAGCCAGCGAUACUGUAUCUGUAAUCCAGGAGUGGUGCGGCAGUUCCGAAACCCGGACACCAUCUUCAUCCUGGCCUUCGCCAUCAUCCUCCUCAACACGGACAUGUACAGCCCCAACGUCAAGCCUGAGCGCAAGAUGAAACUGGAGGACUUCGUCAAGAACCUUCGAGGUGUUGAUGAUGGUGAGGACAUCCCUCGUGAGAUGCUGAUCGGUAUCUACGAGCGGAUUCGUCAGAAAGAGCUGAAGACUAAUGAAGAUCACGUGUCUCAGGUUCAGAAGGUGGAGAAGCUGAUCGUGGGGAAGAAGCCGAUCGGGUCUCUUCAUCACGGGCUGGGAUGUGUGCUGUCGCUGCCCCACCGCAGGCUGGUGUGUUACUGUCGUCUGUUUGAGGUGCCGGAUCCCAACAAGCUGCAGAAACUGGGUUUACAUCAGCGGGAGAUCUUCCUCUUUAAUGACCUUCUGGUGGUGACUAAAAUCUUCCAGAAGAAGAAGAACUCAGUGACGUACAGCUUCAGACAGUCCUUCUCUCUGUAUGGGAUGCAGGUUCUGCUGUUUGAGAACCAGUAUUACCCGAAUGGAAUCCGGCUCACCUCGGCUAUUCCAGGCGCUGAUGUAAAGGUCCUCAUUAGCUUCAACGCUCCAAACCCUCAGGACCGCAAAAAGUUCACUGAUGACCUGCGGGAGUCCAUCGCCGAGGUCCAGGAGAUGGAAAAGUACCGGAUAGAGUCUGAGCUGGAGAAGCAGAAAGGUGUAGUAAGACCCACCAUGUCUCAGAGCAUGUCAGGCCUGAAGAAGGAGGCGGGUAACGGGACCAUGAGUCGCGCCAGCCUGGACGACACGUAUGCGAUGGGGGAGGGGCUAAAGCGGAGCGCGCUCAGCAGCUCCCUGCGUGACCUUUCUGAAGCAGGCAAGCGUGGGCGCCGCAGCAGUGCAGGAUCACUAGACAGCAAUAUGGAAGGCUCCAUCAUUAGCAGUCCUCACCUGCGCCGGAGAGAGCCCUCCUCGGCACGGGAGUGCCCACCCCGCCCCGGCCCAAACCCCCCGUCCUCCUCCACCUCCCUGCUGGGAUCGCUCUUCGGCAGCAAGCGGGGAAAGCCUUCGCCGCAGGGCUACCCUCCUCAUCCUCACGGCCCACCUUCGCACCACUCGGGCCACCCCACCCUCAUCUCCCAUAAGCCCCACCCCACCAACCUGCACCACACGGCCCAGGCUCAGAUAGAGACCCAUGUGGUCCACGGUUACCACGGACAACGCUCUUUACCUCCUCAGAACCCUCCGCCGUACCACCAUCACCACCACUACCAUCCGCCCCAGCCCGGGCCAGGGCCUGGACCUGGGCCCGCUCCCGGACCCCGCAUCUACCGACAGCACUCAGGCCACGCCCCCGUCUCGCACACGCAUUCGCACCACGCACCUCAGUUCGCACACCACCACCACCAUCACCGGCACCACAGAGAGCAGCAGGCGCCGGCCAGCUCCAAGCCCAAGCACUGUGGCAUCAGCACGGUGGUCUGACCCCGGCUACACUCUGAGCCAUAGACCAACUUCACACACUCACAGACACACACCUUACGGACUUACGGUCACUGUGGGCUGCCGGGACGCGACCAGCUCGGUUGGCUUGAAGAAGCAGCUUGGACUCUGAAGCUUUGCAGAGGCUUUCUGCUCCGAAACUGCAGGUUGGACUCUAGCCCUGAAGAGGCGUUUCUAGCGUAGGUUUACGUAGCCACGGUCAGGAUGUGGUUGGGUCUAAAGGUUAAAGAGAUGUGAUCUAAAACACAGUAUAUGUCCAAAAGUAUCUGGAUGCCUCUUUUCAUUAGUAGACUUUCAGCUAAUGUAGGGUUCACUUGUUUCUAGCUGAAGAUGUUCCAAGCAAUACCACCAAUCAUGGCACCUCUACCGAAAAGCGUUGGCACAAUGGCUGUGAAUGGUUUUAUGUGGAACACUUACUAACUAGCACUUGAUCAUUGUCUUUCUUUUGUGUGAUGAAUCUCAAUUGAAGUCAUGGAGACUUGCAAAGUUGAGUUGAGUGGUUUAGAUCUAUUAACAUCCUUUAAGAUAAGGUAGAGUAGUUAGACUCUACCAAUGGCAUGAGUCCGAUUCAGCUCUAUUGAAUACCUUUAGAUGAAGCUUGCGUUAAACAUCUUUGGGAUUAUUUUGACCAAUGAGGCUCCAUCCUUGAAAAGAUAAGUUGGUUGUUGAGUGGUUUAGGUUGAUUAAACCCCUUUAAGAUGAGGUAGAGAAGUCAGGCUCUAUUGAACACCAAUAGGAUGAAUCCGAUUCAGCUACAUUGAAUAACUUGAGAUGAAGCUCAAGUUAAACAUCUUUUGGAUUAUUCUGACCAAUGAAGCUCCAUUGACUACUGUUAAGUUAGGGCAAUAAAGUUAAUAAAGAGCACUCAACACCUCUAAAAUGAGUUAGAGCAAAAGAGCUUCAUUAAAUGUCUUCGGAAUGAGUUAGAGCCACUGUUGAUUGUUGAUGCUCUAUUGGACACCUCUGAGUUGAGUUACAGAAAAAAAAUCUCCAUUAAAUAUUCCUAUAUUGAAUUACUGAUUAUACUUUAUUGGACAUCGCUGAGUUGAGUUACAGAGAAAACCUCUAAAACGCUCUAUAUUGAAUUGCUGAUCAAGCUUAAUUGAACACCUGUAAGUUGAGUUAAAGUGAUGAAGCUCCAUCAAAUAUCUCUGAAUUGAUUUAAUGAUGAAGCUCUAUUGAACACCUCUGAAUUGAGCUUCAGUGAAAAGCUCCAUUAAAUUCCUCUGAAUUUAAUUACUAAUGAAACUCUAUUGGACACAUCUAAAUUGAGUUAAUGAUUAAGCUUCAUUAAAUACCUCUGAAUUGAAUUAAUGAUGAAGCUCCAUUGAUUGCCUUUUGAAAGUUCCAUUAAACAGCUCUAAAUUGAGUUUCUGAUAUAGCUCUAUUGAUCACCUCUGAAUUGAGUUACUGAUGAAGCUCCAUUGAACCCCUUCGAGAUUAGAUAUGAUUAUGCUUUUUAAAACACCUUUAGAAAAGUAAGAAUAAUGAAACUCCAGUGAAUAUGAUUUAUGAUGUAUCUGACGAUGAAGUUGAUGAAGUUGAGUUGAUAAAGAGCAAUAAUGGUUUAGAGUAAUGAUUCCAUUUGUAAGCUAAACCUAAUUGGCCAAAAUCGUGAUGUUCCUGGAUCAGUCAGAUCAGAAUCUAGUAGAAAACCAUAGAAGUAUGAUCUAAAAUCUAUUAUCAGCCUCAUACAUUUUGGAGAUGAAUGUUAAACCAAUAGGUGUCUGGAUACUUUUGGACAUAUAUCACGUGUGUACAGUCUCCGGUUCGGCCUCGUCCACAUUUCCCUACCCAGAGGGUCACAGGCGAUGAGAGACGGGCUUGUCCAGACAAGGGCAAGGACCGCGUUUUCCUCACAAUAGCUCAUUGUAAAGAGUCUCUAAAGACGUUGUUGUUGUCGUUGUUGUCUUUUCAACACUCUGCCUACAUGUAUCCCCCCCUCCCCCCCUCAAGAUGCUAUUUUUAUUUCAGAAACAGAAGUGUGUUUGUUGCACAUCGUAGGACGCUUCAUAUUUUUAUGAGCCUGAUCAGGCUGUCCUCGUCCUGGACGGCGAGCAGACCCGGACCCAGAGCUGCCAAGGCUGCCGAGGAAUCACGAGAGUCACGAGAGUCACGAGAGUCACGAGAGUCAUGAGAGUAGUCGUCCUAAUACUGUAUUUAUUGUGGAUAACAGCUUUCAUUUGUUGUCCUAGCAGUUCAUAUAUAAAUGUGCCAUAAUAACCAUAAUAGCAUAUCUUACUCAGUCCGAUGCUCUGCUCUGUGUAUAUUGUAAUGUGUGAUAUAGUAUUUAGUAGUGUAAUUGCAUCCAUUGUAAGAAGAUGUUCUAUGAUACUGUAAAAAAAAAGAAUAUAGACAUAUUCAAAAGUUUUUUUUUUAUAAUAUGGUCAAAAAACUAUAUAUAUAUAUAUAAAUAUAUAAGUCAAGCGAUAUGGUAACAGGUGCAGUCGAGAUCAGUUGUACCAUAUACAGUAGAUAGAGAUAGACAUAUACGAAAUAGAUGUAUCAAACAGAAGAAAAAAAGGAAGCUAUUUUGGAACUUUUGAUGCCUUUGCAAUAUUACCUGAAGCAAUUUUUGGAAUUCUGGAAAAACCAGGAAAGCAGCAUCGUCCAUCCUGGCUGGAGCAGAUCUUCAUAGCUGCUUGGUGUGGAUGUAGAUACAGAGUUACUGACCCUCAUGUUUACGUAUAUAAUACGUACGCUCAGUAAUUGGAAACUGAAAUCGAAACGGAAAGCUAAUCAACAGCGAAUGGUGUAAAAUAAAUACAGCAAAUCCCGAGCUAAGGGCCGAACACGGCACUUCCUGUAGAGCACGGUGUGCGUUCCCACCUCACUGAGCACUUGGACGAUACUUUUAUUUUACGUUUUUGAGCAGAUAUACAAAUCGUUUUCCAAGAAUUUGGAAAAUUGUAGUAUUUUACUAAUAAGAAGUAAGCUUUCUUUUACCUUUUGUUUUUUUGAAGAAAUUAAAUGAAAAAUUAGGAAAAACGUAGGUAACUCUAGGGUAGAUAGUCGAUGUUCGUCUCCUGCACAUAUCCUAAGGAGUUAUGCACAAACCAUAUGAGGGCCAGUGACCGAAGUAUUUUUAUUUUAUUUUUUUCUUUGUAUGUGCAAUAUAUGUUUAAAUGCAUUUUUGUGAAGAAUCCCAUCUUGUCGCGUUUUUUUUUCUUGUUUGUUUCUUCUUUUUUGGUCUUUCACAAUUACAAACCAAUGACUGCAGUGAAGCAUGGACAGCACAACGCCUCAACAUCUCACAAAAAUGUGAAACCACCACAGGUCUAGUGCCUCUGCUGGCUGGUUGCAGUACAAUGUGUAGUCUUAACAUCGUCUCCAGUGUCCAAAUUGUGCUAAUUUUACCACAUAUUUUAUUUUCCACCAGAAAUCAGUUAUAAAACCUUAUUUUACUUGUAUAUUUUAUAAGAAGGCAGGGCUACACAAUAAGUGAUACGUUGGAACAAAACAAGACUAGAUAGACUGAGCUAGAUCAUUUUUAACUGUGCUGUCAGCUAGCAAGCUAGCUAAAUAGCUAGCUAAUAAUGCUAUUAUCGAUCAUGUUUCAUUAUUUUUGUGCUGUUGGUUGCAUUAACAGUUGCAACACUCUUUCUGAAAGUCUUUCAGUUAGUUGUUUCACUAAGUCUGAUGUUAGCACACAAUUGCUAACAUUUAGCAAGACAGCUAAAGUUAGUGUACACACUUGGUAGUGUUUGUACUCUCAGUUUAGCCCAUUUUCUGGUCCAAAUACCUGACAAUGGUGGCGUAAGUUUGUCUUAGCUGCAACAGAGUAAACAGAGCUGAACCUUGGUACUGUAAUUUGAUGGAAAUUAUAAUAAUCUGGUAAUAAAAUAUGAACCGCACUGUUACUGUUAAAACAUUAAGGUUACACUUACUGCAAAAACUGGGAAUCCAUUGGGAAAAAUCUGCUGUGCUUCUGGUAUUUUAAGCUGCACUGUAAACUCAAUGAAGGCAGUCUGAGACACUUGGGUCUGGAGGAAAGAGGAAGCGGGUCUAACAAAUGAGUCUGAUUCCAAAUUUGACAAUGUGGUAGAUAAUUCCAGCUUAAAUGUGGUAUAUAUACCAUAGCGUCCAUGUUUUUCUACAGCCAUUGUUUAAAAAAAAAACACAAUGUUGUAACCGCUCUCACAGUACAAUAGAGGGGGCGCCACUGUACAGUGAACCACUUUUUGGGGGGGAUUGUAGUGGAACAUGUGAUCUAAUGUGUCCUCCUUGUUGUAAUACCUUUUUUUUGUGUUUUAUUUUCUUUUCUUUUGCCAAAAUAAAUCAGUGUUACUUUGGCGAUGAAGUGCAAUCGUGUAGAGAAUGCAUUCACACAUUCUGCGUAGAUAUAAUAGAGCAGCGUCUGUUGUUAUUCCUUCAAGAGAUUCAGGUGAAUGUUCCGACAAAUUAUGCAAAUAUCUUUCCUUCCUGACGAUGCAGUGCGAUGACGAAUGUAUUUCGGUAAUUUUGGUAGAUGACGUGUACAUGUGCAGUGUUUUUAUUCUGAAUCGAGAAGCACAUAAACUUACUUCACUGCUUAUAGCACCUCAGAGAUGCAUGCCUGGAUCCAAUGGGACACUUCAAUGCUGACUGAUUGUUUGGUUUAGAAUCGAAAUAACAAUAGAAUUUAGCGAUGUUUUCCGCAGGCAGCAGGUUCACAUUUCCAUACAUAUGAGGCUUCUCUUCCACUUUAAAGGAAUAUUUCAGCUUUUUCCAACCUAAAUCGCCCUUUAUCUGCUGCAUAUGAAGAUUUAUGAUCACUUACCAAGUCACCUUAUACGUACUUCAGGUGGUUGUGGGUUUGAUACCAGGUCUACUUAUCUGCCACUGGUUGAGCAAAGUCCUUAAACUUUCUCAGUACUCAGUAUAACAUACACAACUUAGUAACUAGAGCUCUAGGUUAUUGAUCACAUGGUUGUGGGUUCAAAACCCAGGUCUACUAAGCUUUGAGUUAUUUCUCACAUCCCUCAUGCAAGAUCUAUACAUAGAUCAAAACAUUAGUUAAGUUGUGUGGGGGCCCUUUUCCUUUCUGUUUAUAGGCACCAUAGAUUGACAAAUAAUGGUGGAACAUACAUGUUAGAUGUGCUUAAAGCUUCGAGUUGUUGAUAAGAUGGUUGUUUGUUCAAUACCCAGGUCUACAAAACUGCCACUGUUGGGCUCUUAAACAAGGCCUAAGCUUCUAUCUCAUCUAUAAUAACAUGGCUAUUAACCUCUCUACUCUUAAUAAAAUCAUACAGCUCAGUAGUUAGAGCUUUGGGUUGUUUAUCAGAUGGUUGUAGGUUUGAUACCCAGGUCUAAUAAGCUGACACUGAUUGGUCAAGGCUUUUGAGCAAGGCUGUUAACAUCUCUACUCUAGAAUAGGAUAUAUCUCAGUAGUUAGAGCACUGAGUUAUUGAUCAGAUGGAUGUAGGUUUGAUACCCAGGUUUAAUAAGAUGCCACUGAUUGGUCAAGGCUCCUGAGCAAGGUCGUUAACCUUUCUACUCUAUAAUAACAUACAGCCCAGUGGUUAGAGCUCUCUGUUAUUGAUCAGAUGGCUAUGGGUUUGGUGCCCUGGUCGUAUAAGCUGCAACUGAUUGGUCAAGGCACCUGAGCCAGGCUGUUAACAUCUCUUCUCUAGAAUAACGUACAGAUCAGUGGUUAGAGCAGUGGGUUGUGGUUGUGUGAUUGAUGGUUGUGAGAUUGAUUCCCAGGUCGAAUAAGCUGCAACUGAUACGCCAAGGCACUUGAGCCAGGCUGUUAACAUCUCUACUCUAGAAUAACAUACAUCCCAGUGGUUAGAGCUCUGUGUUAUUGAUCAGAUGGUUGUGGGUUUGAUUCCCUGGUCUAAUAAACAGUCACCAAUUGGUCAAGGCUCCUUAGCAAGGUCGUUAACCCCUGUACUUUGGAAAUUUGUUCAAAUGGUUGUGGGUUCAAUACCCAAGUCUUCUAAUCUGCCACUGAUACCCAUUCAAUGACAACACAGGGUAUUACAUUCAGCUCAGUGGUUGGAGCUCUUGGUUGUUGAUCAGGGAGUUGUGGGUUUGAUACCCAGGCUUUUUUUGUCUACCAUUGAUUGGCCAAAGCCCUUAAGCAAGGUACUGAACCUUUCUGCUCUAGGGAUACCUUAAAAUGACAAACCAUGGUAUAAAUGACAUAGCUCAGUGUUUAGAGCUCUUGGUUGUUGUUCAGAUACCUAGGUUGUGGGAUCAAUACCCAGGUGCAUCAAGUUUUUAUUGUCUCUGGUAACUGAUCAUACUCUACAGAUUCAGCAGAUAAAAAAAGGUUAGAAAAACUUCUGAAAUAUUCCUUUUACCGUGAAUCUGAAUGUUGUGGCUCAUUUUAUUUGAACAAAAUAGUUCUUAGAUCUUAUGCAGUAUCCCUUUUUUGUUUGAUUUUAUUUUUUUAGGCAACAUAUAUUAUAAUGUGUAUUGUAUGUGAAGUGUAUUCUGUUUUCUUUUCUUUUAUUUCCCAAUAAUUUAUAGAUCUUGCGUCCUUGUAAUCAUUAUUAAUGUUUUAUCCUGUUACGAAAAGCUCUUCGUGAAAGUAACGUUAAGUAACGUCAGCCCUGAAGGUUUUUUGGGUGGAGUCCGAGAACAUAUCCCAACCGAGCACUGCAUGGACCCGAUGCAUCUUGUUCACUGUGAGCUGAAGGACAUUCAGCCUGGAAAUAAUAAAGAGGAUAUUGUUAAUUUUUUUUUAUUUAUAUUUUUUUAGUUUUUUUUUUUUUUUUUUCAAUUUUGCUCUUUUUCGUAACCCUGAUGUUGACUUGCAAUUGCUGUUCUGUACUGCAUUGUGUUGCAUGCAGGUCAUCUUACAUAUCCACUGUAAAAAAAAAAAAAAACGUUUAAAAAAAUUAAAAAAUGAUAAAGGAAAACGAGAAAUUAUUCAAGAAAUAAUUGAACACAAACACAGGUACCACUUUAAAUUAUGUCUACCUUUAUAUAGGGUUUAUGAAUGUUUUUUUAAUGAGCUUAUUAAUGGUUAUUGAUUAGGUUGCAAAUACAUAUACAUAUGUUUUUUGGAUACAAUCCGGGUUAGUACCCGAACAUCCCUUUCAGACAGCUUCCUCUUACAGCGUCCACAGUUAAUCCUGUUGGAUGUGGUUGGUCCUUCUUGGUGGUAUGCUGACAUUACCCUGGAUACCGUGGCUCUUGAUGCAUCACAAAGACUUGCUGUCUUGGUCACAGAUGCUCCAGCAAGACGUGCACCAACAAUUUGUUCUCUUUUGAACUCUGGUAUGUCUCCUAUAAUGUUAUAGUGUGUUUUGCAAUAUUUUAAGAGCAGAACUGUGCUCUUACCCUGCUAAUUGAACCUUCACACUCUUACAGCUCUUACUGGUGCAAUAAUGUGCAAUUAAUGAAGAUUGGCCACCAGGCUGCUCCAAUUUAGCCAUGAAACCUCCCACACUAAAAUGAUGACAGGUGUUUCAGCUAUAAAUUUGCUAUAAAUUGGCAAAUUUGAUUUCACACUCAUUUAUACUGUCAAACCUCAGAUGUUCCUAAAUACUGAUCUUGCUUUUGUUUCUCAAAUUAAUAUAUUUAUAAUACACUAAUUUAUGAACCAUUUAUAAACCCUUUAUUUAUAAGCGUAGUCUUAUUUUAAAGUGGUACCCAAACACACACGCAUAUACACACACACACAAACUUAAUAGUCCAUAUAUGUAUAUACAGUAUAUAUAUAAAUAUAUAUAUAUAUAUAUAUAUAUAUAUAGGACUAUCUAUACAUAUCGCUGCAUAAAUAAUACAUACGAGAGCUAUAAACUUCGGAAUUUCAGUCCGAAUAUCCUAAAAUACAACAAAAAAAAACAGCUACAAAUCUGUCGACAAGGACCAAGUGGGAGAAGUGUAAUCCUGUACAUACUGUGUAUAGUAAAAUUCCUCGUAUUGUAAAUGUCCUCAUUUAUACGGAGGGUGUGUCCCCGUCUCGUCCAAACUGGACGAAGCCGUGCGGUUCUGAUUGGUCUCUCUGUUCUGAGCUGCGAUUCUGUGCAUUUUAGAAACUGUUGUAAAAAAGAACAAAAAAAUGAAUAAAUCACAUAAUUAAUAGUUCAAUAAAUAAAUCCAAUAAAUCAAACGUUCACUGCCUCUCACGUCGAGCCGCCAGGCAGGCCGCUGCUGUGCUCAGAGCAUGUUUCAGUAAAAGGGAAGGGAAUGAACAGAGGACUCUGGAAUAAAGGGAAUGAAUGAAUGCUUUUAUUUUGAUAUGCAGUCUGUUUGUAAGUGCUUAAGAUCCGAUCAAUGUAAAACUUCAACUGUGACAAUGUUGAGAAAUAAAACAUGAUAUAAAGAGA